GACUAUCAUGCGCAACAGUCUGUUUGACCUCGGGAUGAUUCAGGAGACGAAUGAGAGAACCUGGUGGGACGCCUCGCUGCCGGGGGAUGAAGACGACCAAUAUUACGGUGUUUCGAAGAACGGAAGUAGAUCAUCUCCAUCGAAACAGAGAGGUGGCGGAUCUGGAUUAUUACGCGGCCCACCACGAGCAGGAGUGUCCAACAUCAGUGUCAUUAGAUCACCCACACGACCUGGUCGUCGUACAUCGGACCACGCGCCUGCCGCAUCUUCACCAGGAACAAGAACUCCACCACGACCACCACCGCAGCUCUCUCCGGAGGAGCAAGCAGUGCUAGCCAUGCAGGAGCAGGUGACAAAAUUGACGACGCAGCUGACCGACAAGCUUCAAAACAUCUCCAUCCCCGGUGGACAACCCGCGGUGAUGGAAAGCUUCGGCACAAAUCGGUCGAAGACGUUUCACGACCUGCUACUCGAUCCGGAUGUGGAUGUAGACGAAGAAGACCGAAUCAGCAACUACACACAGCUGACCAGCCAGCGGUACUUGCUGAAGCACGGCCAUUUGGUGAAAGAAAGAAAGAAAAGGACGGGCGGGCGACUGAAGAGGAGGAAGCAGAAGUACGCUUUCGGAAAGCUGGCAACGGUAGG